AUGUUUUCACUUUCUGCUUCAGCUGUGCCACUCGUCAUUUUUGGCGGCGUCAAGCUUGCGGCCGCAGCCACUGGUGGAUCCUUCAGCAUCCUGUCCAUGAAUGUUGCCGGCCUGCCUGCGAUUCUCCAAAGCAACGAUGUCCCCGGUGAUAAGGCGACCAAUGCCGGCACCAUUGGUUCGGAUUUUGCCAAGUACGGUUAUGAUGUCAUCAACGUCCAGGAGGACUUCAAUUAUCAUGCGUAUAUCUAUGCCACAGACAACCACACGUACCGCACUGCAACGUCCGGUGGUGCAGGCAUUGGAUCUGGGCUGAACACGCUGGCGAAUUUCAACUGGAUUGACUUCACUCGCAUCGGAUGGAACGACUGUUCGGAUGCGUCUGGCUCCGACUGUCUCACUCCGAAGGGCUUUACAUUCAUGCGCACCGUUGUCGACAGUGGUGUGUACAUUGACAUGUACAACGUCCAUACCGAUGCAGGUACUGAAACGGCCGAUGAGACCGCGCGAAACUCCAAUCUAGCUCAAGUGGCCUCGUACAUCGACACGUGGAGUGUUGGCAACGCGGUAAUUGUAUUUGGCGACACCAACAGCCGCUACACUCGCACUGCUGACAACAUUGGCAUUUUUAUCAGCCAAAAUGGCCUCAACGAUGCAUGGUUGCAGCUGGAGCGCGGCGGUGUCGUGCCCACAGUGGAGAGCCUGUGCGACAACCCCAGUACCACCAACAACUGCGAGACUGUGGACAAGGUCUUCUACCGGGGCAGCGCCGUUGUGCAGCUGUCAGCUUCGUACUUUAACUACGAAAGCACCAAAUUUGUGCAGUCAAACGGCGACAUUCUCUCUGAUCACAACCCCAUCACGGUGGAUUUCAAUUGGAAGCUCUCCAGCACGCUUCGCCAGUCUGACUUCUGGGGCGGGCCGCACGGCAACUGGUUCUCUGACUUGGCAACGCUCAGCAGCAAAGCGUCGCCGAAAGCGUCGCUUCUCACGUUCCGUGGCGCGUCCCGCCUGGACUCGGUUGGGCUGACACUCACAGACGGAACCUCGUUUGUGCAUGGCGGGGCUGGCGGCACGCAGGUGCAGCUGUCCCUCGGUGCCUCUGAGUUCUGGACAAGCGCCGAACUCUGUCAAGGCCAAAAGGACAACCACACGCGCAAUUUUUACAUCAAGGCGACCACGAGUGCUGGCAGGACCCUCACUGCGGGCACUUCGACCAGUGACUGUACUACUUUCACGGCACCUUCCGGAUGGCAAAUUGUAGGCUAUCUAGGACAGAGCGACGACGAGAUGGACCAGCUGGGGUUUAUUUUUGCUCCGCAGUAA